GCCAGCCGGAUCAAGCGUCAAGUCCACUUUCAUUUCAAUAAAAAAUAAGAUAUCUCUUCAUAUCAUUCGGUGUUAAUGCACUGUGCAAAGAAAUACAAACUGUCUUCUUCGUGAUGUUAAUUAGAGCGCUACGUCACGUUAUGAUAAUCGACGACAGAUGCUCCGCAGCUUCUAAUUAAAGGAGCCCAUUGUUAGUCAUAUCUGCGCUACAGGACAGAUAAUUCUUCUUCAAACGCAAUAGCGGACCGGACCCGAAUUUAAGUUCCCGUUUAUAUCGCGUGCUGUAUAGUGCGAAAUAUGAUUUUGCUACACGGUAGAAACAUCCGUGCGUUUAUGCUCGUCGCGAAUAUGCUAUCGCAAUCGGUGGAAUCGAACGAGCUCACCACAACGUACCCCACCAGGGCCAUUCCGAAAUGUCCUUUGCCCAUAACAGUUUUGGAUUUUAUUUAUAAUUUCACCGAGCCGAAUUUGGAGAUAAAAUGGCCCUGCGAGGUACGCUCUUACUGGCUGUCGUUGCAGCCGUUCGUCAGAUCCGUUCGUUUUUUGCUGCGCUACGUGACGCCGUUCAUCAUAGUACUCGGUGUAUUGCUAAAUACUGUAUCUUUUAGUAUGUUGAGCACACCUGUGCUCUGGGACUCCAAUUUGUCGCUUUAUCUAAGCGCGCUCGCUAUAUCGGACAAUGGGGCGUUAAUUUUCAAUUACGCCGUCAGCGUCGCGAAAUCACACUCUACAGUCGUUAACGAUCUCUUUAUGAACAGCAGAUUUUUGUGCAGUACAAAUUCCGUGAGCAUGGAGCUCUUUCAAUUUACGUCGACCUGGCUGGUCGUCGCUCUCACAUGGACGCGUGUCGUCGCCGUAGUGUUCCCGUUUGGGACCCGUAGUUGUCAGAAUUGCUCAGCAGUCAUAACUAUCACUACUUUGAUCUGCACAAGCUUCGUAGUAUCUCUGACGAAGCUAUACUCUGGCGGAUAUGAGACCGACAGCGUUUUCGAAUUCGUACCGUGUCAGGACAAAAUAAAACCAUGGGGUAGCGCCAUGUACUUUUACAUCGCUUUGUCCACGUGGCUACCGUUGCUUUUCAUAUUCAUCGGCAAUCUACUGCUGAUUAUCCGCAUGAGAAAAUCUUACAAGAUUCACAAUGAACUGACUCACAAUUUCAGGUACAAAAGCAACAGGACGCACAACUCUAGUAGAACGCUGCUGGCGGUAUCGAUAGUACAUUUAAUUUUGUUGUUGCCACUGGGAAUUGUCGAAACGCUGGAACUUUAUUGGGACGUGAUUCUGAUCAAACAUCCAGCUAAAGGCAUCGCAGAAAACGAACAAUAUAUACACUGGUUGCAGGAGAAGAUGUUUCUCAAAUGGUGCCGUGGCUUGUUCUUCCACAUAUACCACUGGAACUUUGCAAUAAACUUCUUUCUGUAUUACCUUACGGGCAAGAAAUUCAGAAGCGUCGUAACGCAAGCGUUGAAAAAUCAUACAAAUUCGCAUUUACCGUGCAACAAGAGUAUUUUGAAAUGUAAUUGCCACGAACAUCUGGCGAGGAUACGAUCCUCGAAUGCAUUGCUAACGAGAGCUGUCACGCGGAGCAAAUUUGUUGAGGAUAACACGAGAAGCGCCGCUAACGAAAGAAAUAGUAAUGUUACCUAAUUAUGAAAAAAGUGUGUUUUGAAGAAGCGCAAACCUUCGAUAGAAGUGCUUUACAUACUUGCCUUAUACUGUAAAGAGAAAUAAAAAUCCAUAUUCAUCUCGGGAUAUAUUCGUAAUUAUCACAUAUUAUCUUACAAGUAAUCUUUAAUUAAUUCUAGAAAUAAUUGUUAGGUAUAGAGGAAAAUUUAUUUAUUUCCUUCUAGUUUAUGUAUACACAUGAAAUGUUUACGCAUUAAAUAUUGCAAAUUAUCACAUUGUGUAUUAGGCAUUUCUUGCAUAACAGCAUAAUUUUUCGCGAAAUAAAUUAACAAUUUAAUUACGUGUAAGGGAUUCGUUAUUACAUUUUUUUUUUAUAUAACUUUCAAUUCUUUGUUUAUGUUAUCACUCGCCUUUCCUAAUUUCGGCUUACAAGCUAAGAUGUUGGUCCCGACGCAGACCUUCGAUGUAUGGGAUAUCAUGUUAAUACUGCGCUAAUGAGAAUUUCAUGUAAAUUAGAAUAUACUUAAUUAAAAUUUGCACCAAUGUCUAAUACAAAGUAAAAUAAUUUAAGAAAAAUAUACAAAAUUAAUAUUGAUUUUUUGUAAGAUUUAACUAGUAACUUGACAAAUAUCUGUGCAUAGCGAAACAUUGAAAUACAUUUCAAUGCGCACGAUCAUUAUUACAAUUUCCAAAUUAGAGUUUCGUAAUUACAUAAUUUGUAUGUGUAGAUAUAAUAAUUAAAUAUACAUAAAUAGAAAAGUAUCUAUUCGUUAUUAAGGUAGGUUAAAUAAACGAUUAUUUGACCAACCUUCUUUUUAUCUCCCUAUUUUACAUACUCACGUAAUAUACAUUACAACCAUUAUUAUGUUGGUAACUUUAAUUGAAAAAAAUGUCUAAAAUGGAAUAGAUGUAUACACGUACACAGUACAAUAUAAAUAUAUUAUGCAAAGAUGACAGUUUUGAAUAUAUAUAAUUAAUUAUAUUGAAUUUGUAUGUAAUAUGUAAUUUAUAUAUAUAUAAUUUAUAUUUAUAUAUAUAUAUAUGUAUAUAUAUAUAAAAUACAAACACUAUACUCUCAUUUAGACAUUUUCUUGAAUAUAUAUAUAUAAUAUCUAUUAUUGCAAUAUAUGCAAUGUAUGCAAUGUAUUUUUAAACGUGAGUAUUGAUUUAGACGUAUAUAGUGCACAUAGGAAAGAUAUAUCAAACAAUUCCUUAGCUUCAUGUACAUUUAACUUCAAACAAUAUAUACAACACAAAAGUAUAUGCUCUGCAUUUUAUCCAUCGCCAAAUAAAAAUUUCUAAAACGAAACAUACCAUUAAAGUCGAUCAUUUAAGAAAGAGUGCAUUUAUUUUAUUGCUUAUAAAUUUGAUUAUCAAGAACAAAUUGUUCUAAUAAUGUAUGAGAGAUGCAAAACUUCAACAAAAAAA